CUGGUCUUAAGCUUCUUUGAUCAAUUCCUCAGUCCAACUUUCCUAGGAAUUCCUCUAAUCGCAGUCGCCCUGGCACUGCCUUGGGUUAUAUUCCCUGCCCUUCCAUCCCAAUGGCUGCCCAAUCGUCAACUUUUACUUCAAAGUUGAUUUAUUAACCGAUUUACACAACAGCUCCUCCUCCCACUAAACACUGGAGGGCACAAGUGAGCCCUUUUAUUUGCCUCCCUCAUACUCUUUCUUAUUACCCUAAACAUACUUGGCUUACUCCCCUACACCUUUACCCCUACAACACAGCUGUCUCUCAAUUUGGGGCUUGCAGUACCCCUAUGAUUAGCAACCGUAAUUAUUGGCUUACGGAAUCAAACUACCGUCGCCCUGGGCCACCUUCUUCCAGAAGGAACCCCUACCCCUCUAAUCCCUGUACUAGUUAUCAUCGAAACAAUUAGUCUAUUUAUCCGCCCCCUAGCCCUAGGGGUCCGGUUAACAGCCAACCUCACAGCCGGCCACCUUCUCAUUCAACUCAUCGCCACAGCCGCCUUCGUACUCCUCCCCUUAAUACCAACAGUUGCGGCCCUCACAGCAGUCCUAUUACUUCUCCUUACUCUUCUAGAAGUUGCCGUAGCAAUAAUCCAAGCAUACGUGUUCGUGUUACUACUAAGUUUAUACCUCCAAGAAAACAUCUAA